AUGAUUUUGGCCGAGUUCGAACUCCUUGCUAAAGAUGUCACCAAAGGGUUGCAUAAUAAGUUCUGUUGCAUUUUUUGUCUGAUUUGGCUAAUGCUUUUGAAGCUUGGAUCUUUGCGAAAAGAGCAGGAUCUCGUAGCGAUGGCUGCGUCAGAGUGUCACGAGAAUACCACAUUAGCUGAGUACUGGAUGAAAACAAAGCAAAAAUCUGUUCCGACACGAGAUUCUUGGGAAAAAUUUUAUGCUCAAAUUGGGACGUGUAGCGUGUAUAACAAUGACCAAACUGUAGACGAUCUUUUGGCGGAUUUGAACAGUGCCACCAUCAAAGCUGUCCACAUCAUGGAUGGAGGAACUCAGGCAAAACUUGUGUUCACCUUCGACAACGACAAACAAGCAGUUUUCAAGCCUAUGAGGUUUGGCCGCGAUUAUGAGUCGGAUCCGAAUCACUUCUACUUCAGCGACUUCGAGCGCCACAACGCUGAGAUAGCCACCUUCCAUCUGGACAGGGUUCUUGGCUUUCGGCGUGCCGUUCCAACCGUGGGAAGAAUCGUGAACAUGACGUCUGAACUGUACGAAAAGGCGGAGAAGAAACUGAAGAAGACAUUCUUUAUAUCACCUGCGAAAAACCACUGCUUUGUCUCGCGAUGUGACUACUAUUGUGACACGACCCACGCAAUCUGUGGUUUACCUGAUCUCAAGGAGGGCUCUGUUCAAGUUUUUCUCCCAGACGAAUCGGUCGUUCCACGAAGACAUAAUCGCAGUCCAUACAGGAGAACCUACUCGAAAAAGAAUCAAGUCGCUGAGUGGCAGUCGAAUAUGAACUACUGCACAGAUAAAGUGAAAGUGAAGAAACAGUAUGCUCACGGUCGAAAGCUCUUGGAUCUCGUCGAUCUUCACAUACUAGACUAUCUAAUAGGUAAUCAGGAUCGCCAUCAUUACGAAUCGUUCGCCGUUUUCGAGAAUCUGCCCUCUUACGCUCUUCACUUGGAUAAUGGGCGAGCGUUCGGAAGAACGGAUAUCGAUGACGAUGACAUCAUUCUACCUUUGCGUCAGUGCUGUGUAAUAAGGCCGUCGACCUUAAACACCUUGUUGCAAUUCUAUUCCAAACCACAAGCUUUAACCAGAGCCCUCCAUGCCUCCCUUGCCAAGGAUCCUGUUGCCCCGAUUUUAGCGUACAAGCACUAUGCUGCAGUUGAAAGGAGACUAGGAAAACUGAUGGAAUUCAUCUUGGACUGUUUCAAACAAAAACCGGUUGAGCGCAUUCUGUUAACGGAGUAUCACAACGCGAAUAUUCCUGAAGGCAAUGCUGAGGAGGAAGAGAAAAGCGAAGAGGAAACGGGUGACAAGAAGGAGGGUGACAAACAGAAUAAUUGAUCAUAAUAGAAAAUGACCAUGGGUGGUCAUUCUAACUUCGUCACUUACUCGAAAUUUUUACAAUUGUACAUCCAUUCCGAAGCUUAAUCGGCUCAGUUUGAGAAGUCAUUUUCCUAUAGGAUAUUUUUCAUACUCAUAGUAUUUCAAUCUUAUGCCGACUAUCGGCUUGCCUGUCUCUCUUUGCACAAAAUUCUAUGGAUUGACUGUCUUUGUUGAAUUUGUCCAAGGGUACUCUACACUUAUUCGUCAGGGAUCGGGUAUAUCACCUAUAAUGGAGUUCUGUUCUAGUAUCAUACUUGUUUUGCCUUCGAAUAACCUAGUGGUGCGUUGUCAUGCUUUCCGUACGUCCUGUUGCCUUGUUGUUGAUUUCGAGCAAACCUUUUCGCGUACGAGG